AUGCUUGAUUCUUGGGAUCAAAAUCAUCAUAUCCAAGAAACGUCUUCUCUAAAGAGGAAACUACUUACCGUGGAGAAUCUAUGCAAAACUAACUUUGAUUGCGACCUCACAAGACAAGAGAUUGCAAAAUCGAAGAAAAAACAGAGGGUAAGCUCAGAAAGCAAUACGGUUGAGGAAAGCAACACUAAUUGUAUAGAUGGUCAGAGCUUAAGCAACAGUUCCGAUGAUGAGAAAGCUUCGGUCACAAGUGUUAAAGGCAAAACAAGAGCCACCAAAGGAACAGCCACUGAUCCUCAAAGCCUUUAUGCUCGGAAACGAAGAGAGAAGAUUAACGAAAGGCUCAAGACACUGCAGAAUCUUGUGCCCAACGGGACAAAAGUAGAUAUAAGCACGAUGCUUGAAGAAGCGGUCCAUUACGUGAAGUUCUUGCAGCUUCAGAUUAAGCUGUUGAGCUCGGACGAACUAUGGAUGUACGCGCCAUUGGCUUACAAUGGACUCGACAUGGGAUUUCAUCACAACCUUUUGUCUCGGCUUAUGUGAAGGAGUUUACAAAGUUACAACGUAAUAAUUGUAAAGAACCCCAUUUUAGAACAUAAUAUAUCCUUAAUUGGGCCAACUAAAGAGAUCUACACUAAGAUCCUACGAUUUGCAUUCCUAUUGUUGUUCAUUCAGAUAUUGUUGUUAUUCUUAAUUAACUUCUUUUGUCUUUUUCGUCAUUAUGGUUCAAAGAACUUUUGGUACUCUUUCUCCUUUUUUGUAAGUAUAUUUUUAAAAUUAUA